AUGACACCAAAGACUUCAGCAGACGCAAACAAGCCAGCUCAGGAUUGUUCAACUACGCCAGCAGGCCGAGUAACCGCUGUGGAGGUUUCUAAUCCACCAGAGAGAAUGCCGGGGAAGUCAACUGGAAAGUCAGUGCAGACACGAAGAAUGCAACAUGGUGUGGAAGCUCAAUCCUCGAGAUCGAGAAAGAUCAAAUUCCCUCUCACUCUAGAGAAAUCUCAUGAAAAGAUCCAAGUCCUGUCAGACCAACUCGAGUUGAAAAGGACAGAGAUCACAAAGCUGAAGGACGCAAAGAAAAGAUCGCAAGAACAGAAGACUGCUCUGUCUGACAAACUAAAGGCAGAGAAGGAAAAGCGUCAGAAAAUCGGUGAUGAUCUCCAGAAGUUGCAACACGAAAGGUUCGAAAAUGCGGUAUCCCAUGAGCUGCCACCAAUACCAGACGAGGAGGUUCAUGCCUACCUCAGUGAGAUUUUCAUCAACACCAAAAUCCUCUCAAAGCAGUGGGCUGUUGGAAAGUGGGACCAGAUCGACGAGAAGCGGCAGUCUGAAAUAUUCAUGGAGUUCGAAAGCAGGUUUGGCAAGCCACUUUGCUCUGACCGCAUGAAGGAUGUCAUCAGGAAGGGGGAGAUUCCACCACAUAUCAUUGUCAAUGCAGCCAUCAAUGCGGCAUUAUGCAAUGAGACAUUUUCACGCCCGUUUGGAUGGCUUCGCGGAUCGAGUAGCAAGCUUGAAAAUGGGGCUGGUGAGGUCUUUUUGGCAUGGCUGAUUGAGACCGCCACUGCUGACUCUCACGGAUCGAAUCAUAUUGUACAAGCAAAGAUCCUUCGCGCUAUCGACAUGCCAUUUGCUGUGGAUCACUGGUCCGAGGGUACGCGAUGCAGCCCGGCCAUCAGGCGCUUGAGAGGCGAAUAUAUUGAGUCGACAUGUUCCACAAUCGUCCAACUAUGCCGUCCAUUCCUGAAAAGCUUAGGAGACAUAACAGAGUCUAGGCGCCGGACUGAGCUUCUGGAUAUCGUGAGAGAGUGCCACAUCCUCUCCUCCAGUCUCACACUUCAAUAUUCACGCGUUAAGAUAUUAUUCUGGAAUGAGCUGCAAGAUCGAUGCUUUGCUACAGACCACAAAGACCUCGAGCCGCACCGCGGCAUGAAGCUGAAAGAGUGCGAUGAUGAUGACGAAGGGCGAGAUCCCAAGGAGUGUGGCAUCGAUGGGAGUCCGAUAGACCUGGCGGUCUCCCCAUUGGUAAUCAGAAUUGGUGACACUGGCGGGCUCGAUCAAACCAUUAGACAGAACAUUAAAAAAGCGGUGGUGUGGGUGCUUGAUCCAGGAAAAGUGCCAGUAACUACACCAAAGCCAACUACGAACCAAGCUGAUGGUGAAGCCAUUAAUCAUCAUCCCAUGUCAUCCGAGACGACGCCCUUAUAUGCGCUCCAGUCACCCAACAGUGAGCGAGAGCAGAUACAGAUGCAUGGCCAGACAGCACAAAAUCGCCUAGCCGAGGAGAUACGACCGCCAACACCCGUUGCUGACUGCCAGUUUAUCGGACGAUCCUUGACGGCCGGCGCUUCAGACGACAAGUUCUCCCAACAAGAGCCUCAUCUGCAGAGCAAUACGCACAAUACACAGCCUGGCCACGGUCAUGACGGCCAUCCAGUAAUCAAGAGGGAGCAAACGGAUGACCUUGUUUUGUUGUCUUCAGGAGUCGAGAAUUCACAAGUGCCGUCGAAGUCCAAAAAACUUUUCACCGAACCAGGCCGAAUGCCUACGAACUCUCCUCAGCAGGAUCGCAAGAAACGUAAUCGGCAGUCUCAUCCUGAGAAGAGACAACGACGAGGAGCACGUACCUUUGAGGAUUGCUCUUCGAACGAGUCGGCCGACCGGGAUGAUUCUGGCGAUUACGAACCCGGAGCUCCAUGGCAGAACCUCAACCCCCCGAAACGACCUCGAACGUCAUCGAAAGGGCAAACAAGGGGUCCUGGCGAAGACACUGUUCAACAACGUGGGUAUGAAGAAGAAGACACGGGCACCAAGGAUCGGUCCUACAAGCAAAAGUUGCGCCCCCUUUAA